AUGUCGAACGCAGUGUCGGUCGGUGGUUCCGUGAUUUUGGUAGCACUCGGACUCUUACUGUGUAUUGUUCCAGUUUCGGUUCUCGAGCGGGAAGAUGCAGCUGUGGAGACGCUUUCACUACCGACUCUUUACCGGUACGAUAAUUAUGAGGAGUGUCUGGGAAAAGAGAGCACAUACUGCAUGGUGCGAAGCCUGCUGAAACCCGAUCCUUCCAGUGAACUAUGGUUACACGUAAAGAAUUUCAGUGCCGAUGUCCGUCACUUUCGGCGCAACCUGCUGGAGCGGGGCAUUUGCAUUGAUGACUGCUUGGGGCGCCUGUCGGAGAUCAGCAACAAAAAGCAGCGAGAUAAGUUGUUCGUCGCACCGUUCGAGGUUGAUUUUGCAUUUCGUUUCAGUGAGAAGUAUUUCCCGGGAGUACAAAAGUACCAAGACCAGUACGGAAUGGUGGUGAAUGAAUGCAUCAACCAAGAGCUUCUCUCCUCCGUCGAUCUCUUAGCAUAUUCAGAAAUUGAAUAUUGCCAGGAAUCCAAAGAUUAUUCUGAACCGUUAGAUUUAUCGGACAUUGUGUGUGUGGUUAUUAUAGGUACAAUUUGUUGUUUAGUAGUAUUUAGUAGUCUGUUUGACUGCUACUUGCGCACGAAAUCAAACAAAGAAAAUUAUUUCGAAAUUGCUCCUGAACAAAUUGAAUAUCAAUUUGCAACCACAUGUUCCAUUCCACGUAAUCUGAAAUUGAUAACCAAUCCACCGAGAUCCGUUUUGGGCGAGGAUUUCCUGUUCCUCGAGGGUAUUCGUGUCAUCACAAUGGCGAUGAUAGUCCAUCUGCAUACCACAGUUAUGCUAAUGAAUGCCCCCGUGGAGCACCCGGAACGAUUUGAAGAGACUUUAUACAAUCCAGCGAUGGCCGUGCUUUCUCAUCUGACACCAAAUUUGGUCCAGUCGUUUUUCACCAUCGGAGGCAUUCUGUUGACCGUGAAUCUGCUGGAUUCGGUAGGAAAAGAAUCCGACUUUCGAUGGAAGCUCAUGUGGAAUAAAGUCACGAAUCGCUUGAAGCGCAUUCUCCCACUUUAUUUGUUUUUCAUUCUCAUGACGGCUAGUGUCUAUCGUCAUCUGAAGUUGGGUCCACUGUACGACAGAAUCAUCGGUGUUGAAGCUAAGAACUGCCGAAUGCAUUGGUGGAUUAAUUUACUCUUCCUGAAUAAUUAUGUGCAUGCAGAUGGAACGUGCAUUGGACCCAGCUGGUAUCUGAGUGCAGAUUUUCAGUUUUUCCUUUUCGGUUUACUGGCGUUAUUCUCGAUGAAACGCUAUCCGAAUUCCACUAAAUACUGGAUCAGUUUCAUGAUUCUGCUGAAUUUCCUAGGCCCCGCAAUAACGAUGUGGAUUUCGAAGCUACCUCCGUUGAUGGCAACGGGAACUAGGCCCGCUCUCCUAUUUUUUACCGAUGAUGAAUGGUUCUCCCGGUUGUACAAACCGAUUCACACGAGUAGCGCUGGGUAUUUCUACGGUAUAUUGGCCGGAAUGGUUUAUCAUCACGCUAGAGUUUCUGGACAAGACCCUACCGGCCGGAAGGACUUCCGGACAGUGAAAGCAGUCGCCCUGCUCGUACUGAUGGGUUGUUACGUUCCUUCCUAUCUGAUCUACGAAACCAACUGGGAAGCCCACGGUUGGAUGCCUAUUUACGGGUCCAUUGCUAAAAAUUGUUGGGGUUUCUUCUGGGCAGUAUGGUUUAUAGAACUUGCCCUUAGUAAAAAAAGUCUCAUGAAAACGCUUCUGGGAAAUAAAUUCCUUUCUCCGCUUGGCAAGCUCACUUACAGUGUUUACCACAGUCACUAUUUAAUACUGAUGGCAAUUUCCAGUACCAUACAAGCCCCACUCCAGAAUAGUGUAUUCACACCGAUUUUAUUCACGGUACUAGUUCUGCUGCUAUCGUACGGACUUGGAUUAAUAAUAUUUCUGCUAGUGGAGCAACCUGCGGCCAAUUUGCUAUCCAGUAAGCAGAACUAUAUUGAACACUUCGCCAGCUGGUUGAUAAACGGCGCAAGGAAAUGCUGGAAAAGUAUUAAUAAAACAUUGGCCUAGAUGAGAUCCGUCGUCGAUGUUUGUUUUGUAAAUGAGAUUAAAAUAGUACUUUAAAUAUUUACGGAAGUAUACGAUUCGAUAGCAAUUAGGUAAGAAUAUGAAACUGCCAAAAUAAAGCAGUCAUCGAAUGGAAAAUAAA